UGUGCGGUGUGGGCACUUAUCUGUUCAUUUCUUUCUCUAGUGGAGAGAAGCCGGCUGCAAGAAAUGCUAUCACUUCUGGGGCUAGAGGCCUAUCAGGUGCAGAAACUCAGCCUCCAGACUUCCCUGCAGAUCAGCUCUGACAGCAUGAAGAACUGGGCCCCUCAGGUGCCCAAAGACUUGCCCUGGAACUUUCUAAGGAAGCUCCAGGCCCUCAAUGCCGAGGCCAGAAACACCACCAUGGUGCUGGAUGUGCCCCCGGAAGCCCGGCCUGGGGAAAAGGAGGGCCACCUGGAGGAGGAGGUCCUGUACUGGGACACUGCUGAUGACGUUUCUGCUGACAUCUACUCCUUCUCGGAGCUGCCUACCCCGGACACCCCAGUGAACCCGCUGGACCUCCUCUGCGCCCUGUUGCUUUCCUCAGACGGCUUCCUGCAGCAGGACAUCGUCUUAAAGAUGCUCCUCUGUCAGUUUGCUCUCCCCCUUGUGCUGCCGGACUCAGAGAACCACUACCACGUGUUUCUGCUGUGGGCCCUGCGGGGCCUAGUGCGGACAUGGUGGUCACAGCCCAUGCGGGGGCCGGGAAGUUUCAAGGAGGACAGCGUGGUCCUCCCCAGGAUGCCCACCUUUACCUUUGUCCGCAUGGACGUGAGCAGUAACUCCAAGUCGCAGCUGCUCAAUGCCAUCCUCAGCCCAAGCCAUAAACCCCGGGACUGCUUCUGGCAUCGGGACCUGAACUUGGGCGCCAGCCCGCGGGAGAUCGCAGAUGGCCUGGUUGAAAUCUCCUGGUUUUUCCCAAGUGGCCGGGAGGAUGUGGACAUCUUCUCGGAGCCCGUGGCCUUCCUAAACUUGAGAGGCGACAUUGGGUCUCACUGGCUGCAGUUUAAGCUGUUGGCGGACAUCUCCUCUGCCGUCUUUAUCCUGACGGACAACAUCAGUAAGAAGGAGUACAAACUGUUGCUCUCGAUGAAGGAGUCGAACACCAAAUACUAUUUUAUCCUGAGCCCCUACCGAGGCAAGCGGAACACCAACCUGAGGUUCCUGAAUAAACUGAUCCCCGUGCUGAAAAUGGACUACUCGCAUGUCCUGGUGAAGGUCAGCAGCACGGACAACGAGAGCUUUGUGCGGAGGCUCCAGUCCAUCGUGCGCUGCGUGAUGCGGUCGCCGUGCAGGAGAGUGUCGGUGGAGGACAUGGCCAACGCCGCGCGCAAGCUGGGCCUCAGAGUGGACGAAGACUGCGAGGAGUGUCAGAAGGCCAAGGAGCGGAUGGAGAAAAUUACCAGGAAAAUCCGCGACCCCGACGCCUACCGAAGGGAGGAGCUGCGGCUGCAGGGGGAGGCCUGGCGGAAGGUGGCGCUGGUGGAAAAGGAGCUCUCUCGUCUUCAGUGGGUUGGAGACCCUCCGGAGACGUGCAGGUCUGAGCUGAGGGGCAGGGUCCUGGAACUUCGAGCGCAGCAGAACAGCCUCGACCCCACCUGGGGGUUGCAAGAGUUUAUCAGGGGCAUCAGCUGCCCCUCACAGGGGGAGAAGCAAUACUUCCUGAGAUGGAUGGAGUUGGGCCUGGCCAGGCUCGGGCAGCAGAGGCUCAGGCCCCCUCCAGAGACGCUCCUCAGCCUGAGGGCCAAGCACUGCGGGGUUGUGGAUGCUACAGAGCUGCUCUGGCCCGAACCCCUCGGGGUGGAGCACUUCCUGCGGGAAAUGGGACAGUUUUAUGAAGCAGAAAGCUGCCUGGUUGAGGCUGGGAAGUUACCAGCCAGCCAGCGGCGGUUCACCCACUUCCCAGGCCUGGCCUUGGAGCUGCUGCUGCGGGGGUUCCCCCUGGAGCUGGUGGACGGGGCCAGCCUCAGUGUCCCCCUGCGCUGGGUCACUGGGCUGCUCAAGGAGCUGCAGGCUCGGCUGGAGAGAAGGUCGCGCCUGGUGGUGCUGUCAGCCCUGGGCAUACCGGGCACGGGCAAGUCCACACUGCUGAACACCAUGUUUGGGCUGCGGUUUGCUGCCGGCAAGAGCAGCAGCCCCCGGGGGGCCUUCAUGCAGCUUGUGGAAGUGACGGAGAGUUUCAGCCAGGACCUGGGUUGUGACCAUAUCCUGGUGAUCGACUCGGGAGGGUGGCUUGGGGGGGCGCUGACCACAGCGGGAGAGCGGUUUGAGUCGGAGGCCUCUCUGGCCACACUGAUUAUGGGACUGAGCAACGUCACGGUGGUCAGCUUAGCGGAAACGAGGGAUGUCCCCCUGGCUCUUCUGCACGCGUUCCUGAGGCUGGAGACCAGCGGGCACACCCCCAGCUAUCAGUUUGUCUACCAAAACCUCCAUGGCCCAUCUGCCGCCAGCCCCCAGCUGAGAGAUGGGAAGCAGUGCUCAGAGCCCCUGAGUGAGGGGGGUCUGCCUUUGGCCUGUGGGGAAGCACGAGGAGACGGUGUCCGGACACUGGCUAAUGUGGCCUUUGGUGACCCAGAGAAACAGCACGUGUGGCACAUUCCUGGCCUGUGGCAUGGGGUCCCCCCCAUGGCUCCGGUGAGUUUGGGAUACAGUGAAGCCAUCUUUGAGUUGAAGAGAUGCAUGCUGGAAAACAUCAGGAAUGGUCUAUCCAACCAACACAAAAACAUCCAGCAGCUCAUUGAGCUGGUGACGCAACUGUGAGUUCCACGAGAAAAGACAUUCAGCUGUCGGAGGGCUGCUAUGUGGGGCCCGUGUGGAGCACGAGUGGGCUUCCAUGUGGGGCACAUCACAGGGUAGCGAUGCCUCAGUCCUGAACUGAGGCCUGGUAAGAACCGCUGGCACCCGAUCCAGCCUGAGAAAGAAGACAAGCAAUAGGUCAGGAGCCUGGCAUCUCCUGAACAGUGUUUUCAAAAUAAGGGGGCAGCCUCGCAGAGGAACUCCAAGGGGUCCGGG